AUGGGUUUACUUGAACAAAUUACCGGCCCUCUGGCCCAGCAGGCCGCGCAGCGGGGCACUGGUGUGGUUGUCGCAGCUGGAUUCGCCGCGUUUAUCGUCGUCUCUGUGAUUCUCAAUGUGCUCAGUCAAUUGUUACUGAAGAACCCCAAUGAGCCUCCGGUCGUCUUCCACUGGUUCCCGGUUAUUGGCAGUACCAUCACAUAUGGCAUGGAUCCUUAUACGUUCUUCUUCAAUUGCCGUGCAAAGUAUGGUGAUGUCUUCACGUUCAUUCUACUUGGGAAGAAGACUACAGUCUAUCUUGGACGACAGGGCAACGACUUCAUCCUGAAUGGCAAACUUAGGGAUGUUAAUGCCGAGGAAAUCUACACGGUAUUGACCACUCCUGUUUUUGGGACGGAUGUGGUGUAUGACUGCCCGAAUUCGAAGUUGAUGGAGCAAAAGAAGUUUAUGAAAAUUGGCCUAACAACUGACGCAUUCCGAUCCUACGUUCCUAUCAUUCAAGGUGAAGUCGAAACAUACCUAAAGCGAUCAUCCGAAUUCAAAGGCCAAAAAGGAACUGCCAAUAUCCCAAACAGCAUGGCAGAGAUUACCAUAUAUACCGCAUCGCAUUCUCUUCAAGGCAAGGAGGUCAGGGAUCGAUUCGACUCUUCAUUUGCCGCCCUUUACCACGACCUUGACAUGGGAUUCAGCCCAAUCAACUUCAUGCUUCACUGGGCUCCUCUCCCUCACAACCGCGCUCGCGAUCAUGCUCAACAAACUGUUGCGAAGACCUACAUGGAGAUUAUCGCACACCGACGUGCUGGAAACGAAAAGGAGAAGAGCGAUAUUAUGUGGCAGUUGAUGCGCUCGACCUACAAGGAUGGCACUCCUGUCCCGGAUAAGGAAAUCGCACACAUGAUGAUUGCACUUCUCAUGGCUGGCCAACAUUCAUCGUCAUCGUCAAGCUCCUGGAUCAUGCUCCGUCUCGCUUCUCGACCAGAUAUUAUGGAGGAACUCUAUCAAGAGCAGAUCCGGGAACUUGGGCCGGAUCUCCCGCCUCUCAGAUACGAAGACCUCUCGAAGCUUACUCUUCAUAAUAAUGUGCUGAAGGAAGUGCUGCGACUGCACACUCCCAUCCACUCGAUCAUGCGGAAAGUCAAGACGCCAAUGCCAGUUGCCGGAACCAAAUUUGUCAUCCCUACCUCCCACGUGCUUCUCGCAUCCCCUGGUGUUACAAGCCGCGACUCCGACUACUUCCCCAAUCCUCUUAUGUGGGAUCCUCAUCGCUGGGAUGAUGGCUCAAGCGGAGUGGUUGCGACCGAUGUUGAGGAGGAGAAGUUCGAUUACGGCUAUGGCCUUAUCAGCAAAGGAGCCAAGAGUCCAUACCUACCAUUCGGCGCUGGCAGACAUCGGUGCAUUGGUGAGCAGUUUGCGACUGUACAGCUCGUAACGAUUAUGGCCACGAUAGUCCGUCAUCUCAAGCUCCGGAAUGUCGAUGGGAACAAGGACGUGGUUGCUACCGAUUAUUCAAGUUUAUUCUCGCGGCCAAUGGCGCCCGCUGUGGUUCAAUGGGAGAGGAGGGAUAAUGAAUAA